UAAGAGUAGGCUGUGCCCAGUCCUAAGUCUGCUAUCUAUGACUGAGGCUCACUCAACGUUGGGAAACCGAUAGCUGUGACACACGAUGCCUCGAAGGUACCCAAGCCUAAGAACCUUCAGGGCUAUCUACAUCAUACCCGAACGCGGCACCCUCUCGAAUGGCAGCGAGUGCUGCAUCUGCUUCGACCGAUACGACGACAACGCACACGGACCAGUGGGUAUCACCAGCAACAGAGAAUGCGAACACGUCUUCGGACGACGGUGUCUUGAAGCAUACCUCGACAGCGCCAAUCCUAGCAGGAAUACAUGUCCAGUGUGCAGGAGGAAAUGGUACAGUCGCAGAUCGACGAACCCGUCUACACCCAGAGACACAAACACUUCACAAGUGCUGUCUCCGCCUACACAGCUAGGAUCCUUCGUCCGUGACGGUUUUGAAUCGAGAGCCCGCCACCGGCUCCCGCCACUGGCCGAUGCGGAAAUGGAACGGGCAGUUGAGUUACUGGCCAACAACAUUGAGGCUCUCGAGGGUCUGGAGCGCAGGGAUACUGUGCGUCUCGAACAGGACCUCAGAGUCCGUCUGCAACAAGUGGAAGGACGUAUACAUGCGUUUCUCGAAAGAAACAUCACAGCAUCUGACGUCUCUCCUGGCCCUGUCCUUCGUCGCCGAACACGCAUCCUAGCGCACAAUACCACGGAAACUGCGACCACUCAUCGACAGGAUUCUGCCGUGGCUGAAUCAAAUAGCGAUCAGCAUCCGUACCCAAUUUACAACGCUACUUUCCAGAGCAGCACAGUGUCGUUGCCGGACCUUCGAUUGCCUGAACGGCAAAUCAACGCUUCACCCACGGUGACACCACCCGCCACGGACCAUCGCCGAGACUUUGCAGCUGUCGUAAGACGGCCCAGUUCAAUCGAUCACGCAAACGCGUUCCCAAUACCCGCGACAGACUCACGUACCGAAGUCUCUUACCACCUUGGUUAUCAACGCAAUGCGAUGCUUUCCCAGCCUUCAAGUCAAACCAGACAGGAGGUCAACGCAAGAGGUCUAAGGAAUCACCUCCGCACGCUUCGUCACGAUCGCUCAUGGAAUACGAACACACAAGCAUCUGGACCGCAUAAUGCUAGUGUCAUAUCACUGCCCGAUAUCGCAGAGGCGGAAGGUAAUCCCCCACCACGUACCUGUACCAGGAUGGCAGCGUUUGGAGCUACAGUCGGGGAUCACACCGAUCAGGAUACUCCAUCCCCAGCUCAGAUCCAUGGCUAUGCAGCUGAGCAUGCCCCGAUCCUCUAUCCCAGGUUUCGGACCUCGCGUCUGCUCCGGGCGCGUAGCACGCAUGGAUUUGCUUACGGCACUCAGCCAGUUGGGACUCCAUCCCAGCCCGUACUCGCAGCUUCCAUGCCCGAGCGGGAAGUAGGUCGGAGGGGCCGAGCCACGGCCACAAGGUCUCCGCGUGGACUGUCGCGUAUCAUGAGCAUCUCGAGUCUUCGUGACUUGGUGUCUGAUCAGAAAGUAUCCAACAUCAAUAUCAGACACUUUCCUUUUCCCUCAACAAGCAUCGCACCUGGCUUUGCACUUAAGCCGGGCGUUUCCCCCACGUCCACCAUACAUGUAGCAGCCUACCACGAAGAGAAAACACACAGCAUGGCGUCAGGAUUCGCUCCACAGCUCAGCUCAGCUUCGGAGAUGUUUCUCCGGGACCACACCAAAGUCGACACUCCAUCCGAUCACGCCGAGGAAUGCUCUAUCUGUCACGAGGAAUUUCGCGACUCAUUUGAACAGCGCGUACGCAUCACCGGUAUCCCGGCAUGCUCGCACGCCUUUGGCGAGCAGUGCCUCGAGCAGUGGUUGGCCACCGAUCUCCAUACUGCAAAAGGCUGCCCCAUGUGUCGCACAGAGUGGGUGGCAGGUUCACCGAGACCGCAAUACCACCAUCUCCGUGAGUCUGCAGAAGAUUUCCAUGCAGCGCGCGAGAGGUUGAUGAUGGCAGUAGCUCAGAGUAGGCAAGAAAUGGAAAGAGUGAGGAAUGAAGUCGAUGCUGAAUCCAGAGACGGGUACCAGCACACAGGAAGGAGACUUCCAGACCACAUGAACCCCAGUACUUGGUAUACAUUCCCGUCAGAGUACAACGAUACUUCGACAUCGUCUCCGCAAGAGUCAAACAUCACCCAUGAUUCCUGGUGGCUUCCUCCUACCGUCUACGAAGAAAUGUAUCUGCAGCGGAUAGGCUCAAUUUUCUCACACGGAAUAGCACAACCCAGCGAAACCAACACCCUGCGCAACUCAACACGUCAGGGCCGGCAUCCACCCUCAUCACCAAUCGACGAACUCGGCAUAGUCGACUCGCUUUACCGCACGUCGCCAGACAGACAGUUCCACGUUCCUCCUUCUCGUGGCGGAUGGGAUAUCGCACAGUACCCGCGGGACAUGCAGCGGCGCGCCAUGCAAGCGCAGGCCACUACGCUCAAUUCAUCAUUCGUGACACCAGAUUCCGAUGCCUGGACACGACUGGCACAUCUGCCCUCGCCAGCAACCACGGCCGAAGACUUUAUCACACGAACCAGCUAUGACCCAUCUGACCUGCAAAGGGAGGGGGAAGACCCUUACCCCCUGAGACAAAGGCUCGAAUACCUGAGAGGCACCGAGGCUUUGACCUAUGCGGCUUCAGACGCUAGCUUGAUCGCUUUGGGAGAGGACGAGAUGCCCGACAUGGCGAGGCCACGGCGACUGGCACGCGAUCGCACGUCUCCAACCAGCGCUGCAGUGACGGCGACAAGGACGGACGAUUCCACAAUCUAUCCGACUCUCCAGGGCGAUGCUACACCGUCGUUGAGUGCAGCGUGGUACGCAGCCGCACCCACACCACACUUCAAUCCCGAUACCCAGGCGCGCCGCCUCUGAUUGUCAGCGGCAGUCUCAGCGGAAACUUCAGCGGCAGCCUCAUCGUCUUCGCCACCAUCUACGUCUGAAUUCGCUGCAGCCACAGCACCCCGAGAUCCCGAUACCCAGGCCCAGUGUUUUGUUUCCCCCACAUCCGCAGCGCCUCUCACGUCAUCUCCAUUCGCACUUGCACCUGUGGAAGCCGACACGGCGUCGUCUGACUGGGAGACCGGGAGUGAUACGGCAUCAGUGGGUGAUCUGAUGGAUCUCAGCGAUGAGCCGGUAAUGUCUGUGUCGCUGAGCUGAGGGUUUGACGAGAUAGAAAGAGAGCGAGGGUGGCCGAGGAU